CCACCGCCACCACCACCACCACCACCACCAACAUACGUCUCUGCGCCACGACACGAUUGCUGUUGCUGCUGUGUAGUACCCUGCAGAUUCCGUGCACGAGCCCGUAUGCAUGGGGCCAAAAUAUUUACAUCCAGAAUUGCACAAAUUGAAUCUGAUCGUACUUGCAGUAGCGAAAAAUUGAAAGAAAUAAUGGAGGAGAACCUCUCAAAAGAUCCAACGUUAACAAAGAGGGCAAUUCAACGAGCAGCAGAGGAAAAGUUGUCUGGCAGAUUCAAUGUAAUCUGCUCGAAGAGUGAUUUCUCCUAUGUUGCCUAUACAGAUACAUUCUGUCAAGUAUCAAACGGUGAUAUGACAUGUUAUGCGUUUAAGCCGAUAUAA